CACUCGCUGCUGCGGCGCGACGCGCUGAGCGCCGCCAAGGAGGUGCUCUACCACCUCGACAUCUACUUCCGCAGCCAGCUGCAGAGCGCCCCGCUGCCGCUCGUCGACAAGGGCCCCGCCGAGCUGGUCGACGAGUUCCUCUUCCAGGUGCCCAAGGAGCGCGGCGCCCCGCCCAAGAGAUUAAAUUCGCUUCAAGAACUUCAACUGCUUGAGAUAAUGUGCAAUUAUUUCCAAGAACAAACCAAGGAUUCAGUCCGGCAGAUCAUUUUCUCAUCUCUCUUCAGUCCUCAAGGAAACAAAGCGGAUGACAACAGGAUGGCGUUACUGGGAAAGCUGGUUUCCAUGGCAGUUGCUGUGUGCAGAGUUCCUGUUUUGGAAUGUGCUGCCUUCUGGCUCCAGCGUACCCCUGCUGUCUACUGUGUGAGGCUUGCUCGGGCUUUGGUUGAUGACUACUGCAACUUGGUGCCAGGGUCCAUCCAAACACUGAAACAGAUAUUCAGUGCCAGUCCUCGAUUCUGCUGCCAGUUCAUCACCUCGGUCACGGCUCUGUACGACCUCUCUUCAGAUGACCUCAUCCCUCCUUCAGACCUGCUCGAGCUGAUUGUUUCCUGGAUCUUUGAAGACCCCCGCUUGAUCCUCAUUACCUUUCUAAACACUCCUAUUGCAGCCAACCUGCCCAUCGGGUUCUUAGAGCUUACCCCACUCACCGGACUGAUCCGCUGGUGCGUGAAGGCCCCCUUGGCUUAUAAAAGGAAGAAGAAAGCCUCUCUCUCAAAUGGACACCCCCCCAGCAAAAUUGCUAAAGACUCGGCUGCAGGAGAUGACAAGGACUGCCAUCAGCUGUACUCAAAACUGCAUUUAAGUGUCCUGCAGGUUCUCAUGAUGCUUCAGGGGCACUUAACAGAGAAGAACCUUUACGGACGCCUGGGGCUUGUGCCCUUUGACCACGUGGUUCCACUUGUUGAGGAAAUUAACAGGCUAUCUGAUGAACUCAAUCCUCUCAAUGCGUCCAAAGAGAUUGAACUGGCCCUAGACAGGCUGGCUCAGGCUCUGCAAGUGGCCAUGGCAUCAGGAGCACUGCUGUGCACUAGAGAUGAUUUGAGAACUGUAUGCUCCAGGCUACCACAUAACAACCUGCUCCAGCUGGUGAUUUCAGGCCCAGUACAACAACCAACCCACGGCGCUUUGCCGCCAGGAUUUUAUCCACAUAUCCAUACUCCUCCUCUGGGCUAUCCCACACAUGCAGCACACCCUGCGCUACCUGCACACCCAGCUCACCCGGCUCACCCAGCGCUCCCAGCUCACCCUGUACAAACAUUUAUACCAGGAAUGACAUUCCCCUACAGACCUAUUCGCUAAAAAAUAAACUGCAAAAUGUAACCAGCUUCCCCUAGUUUGAGGCAGCCUUGCAGAGGAAACCAAAUGUUUUGGGAACCACGUUUUUCUCCUUCACUUUAAACCUGAGCAAUGCCUGCAUUGAAGGAUCAGCCCUUCGGGAGUAGCGACGACACGGACGAGUAGGCUGCACUUGCCUUGAAUGUGCAAUGCAAAU